ACAUAUAUUGGUCACUAAGAACCCUUUUUUCUGAUGAUUCAAAAGUUGGAGUUGAUAUCUUAUUAGAUCCCCGCUAUGCUAUUAAGUUGACCACAGCUGUUGGAACUGUAUGUUAAUGUUUGUCCAACGUUUUCACACUUCGCCACCCCCUCGUCCCAGACUCUCCGCCUCCCGUUAGCUGCAUUGACUCUUGACGCCUGACGAUGAUAAAUGAAUCAUAAAAGCAGCGCAGUCGACGUCGCCGGCAAAGCAGACAGGCGCCAAAGCCGCCUUGCUCUCCUCGCCACUCUGCGCUCCCACUCCUUUUCGCCCUCUCGCUCAUAUGUUUGGCUGCGAUGCCGCCCACUCGAGUGUGUUUAUGUUGUUGCUGUCCUCGCUGCUUAAUUUCCUCAUUUGUGUUGCUGUAAUUCCCAAUGCCUGUUUUCUGGGCGUAGAACAGCUGUGCAUAACGGGGCGCUAGACGAAGCGGAGGAGGAGGAAGCAGGAGCUAACCAGAAGAGCCAGAAGCACACAAAGACGAAUCCAUGUCCAGCGAGGAAGACAAACCGCCGGCGCCGCCUGUGCGUCUCACCAGCAACCGGGGCGGCAAUGAACGAUCGGGAGGAGGAGUGGGCGUCGGUGGCGGAGGACUGGGAGGUGGCGGUAUGGGAGAUGUACCGCCCGACAUGCGUCCGCUGCCCAAGGAACCCGACGACUCCGAUCGGAAGAAGAAAACGCUGAAGAGCAAGAUCAAAGGAUCGAAGCCCUCGCACACGGACUCCAAGCCGAACAUCUCCUAUCCCACGAACUUUGAGCACACGGUCCAUGUGGGAUUCGAUGCUGUCACCGGCGAGUUUACCGGCAUGCCGGAGGCAUGGGCGCGACUCCUGAUGAACUCCAACAUCAGCAAGCAGGAGCAGAAGAAGAAUCCCCAGGCCGUGCUGGAUGUGCUCAAGUGGUUCGACAACACUACCAAACAGAGGCCAAGUUCCAAGUACAUGACAAAUGCCAUUACGACGCAUUCAGGUUCAUCGCUCAGCCGCGUCAGCAGCAGCAGUCCGAGCAGCACGCCAACAGACUCGGAGCUGCACGGCUCCAACAGCGGAGGUAACCUGAUUGGCGUCCAGUUGGGCAGUAUGACUCUGGGUCCCAACGCCAACAACGUGGCCGUUGCUGGGCAAAUUCUGGGCAACCACUACCAACAGCAGCAGCAGCACCUCCUUCAGCAGCAGCAGCCACUUUUGCAUCAGAACCACAACCAGCAUCACAUGGGCAUAAGUCAAUCGCACUCGUACAACUUUGUCGGACACACGGUCUCCUCAUCCACAUCGCAACAUUCAUCCGCUAACGAGGACGAUAUGCUGGGACCACAGCACCCGCAGCAACAGCCGCCACCUCCACCGGUGGCCUCUAGGCCUGAGCGCACGAAAUCCAUCUACACGCGGCCAAUCGAGGAUCUACAGCCAGCCAUCAUCCCAAUGCCAGUGGCGCCAGCAACCACGCCUGCAACGCCGCUGCAAAAUCAUAGGACGCCAGGCGGAAUAUCAGCACCAGCGGCAUCGCCAAUGAUGCACAACAAUGCCACGACGACGCUGGACAAGAAUAAAAACAAUGCAACUCCAACGUCCCCAACAACCACAAAAACAACAGCAGAAACAGAAGGCACCGAUGCAACAUCAACUCUUUUAUCAGCUACUAAUCCUAGUUGUUCUACCACUCCUACUACUGAUCCUGCUCCAGCUGCACCUCGUGGUAGUCUCGUCGAGACAGCAACAGCACACGCUACCACUGCAGCAGCGACAGUAGCCACAUCAACAACGACUAAUCACCAUUCCUCUGCUUCCUCCUUUUCAUCAUUUCCUUCGUUCCACGACGACGAUGGCACACACCACGCCUUGCCAACGAUCCAUUGUCCCACGCCGACGUCUUCCUCUCGCAACUCGACUGUUUCGUUUCCUGUUGCGGUUCCCCUACCGCCCAUCGUUACGCCCGCAUCGCCCACACCCGCCUCCAUUGAAUCACCAGAUCUGUACACACCGGAACCCACGGUAGCCCAAGUGUCAGCCGGUGGCCCAAGUUCUCAAGUGGCUGGAAACCAAAUCGCCGUGCCCCAGGCAGCUGUGGCUCCGGCUGCAACGCCCAACACGAGGGCAGCCAACGCCAAGAAGAAAAAGAUGUCCGACGAGGAGAUCUUGGAGAAACUGCGCACCAUUGUCUCUGUGGGCGAUCCAAAUCGAAAGUACACCAAGAUGGAGAAGAUUGGCCAGGGUGCCUCUGGCACAGUGUAUACUGCAAUUGAAUCCUCGACCGGCAUGGAGGUGGCCAUCAAGCAGAUGAACCUGUCACAGCAGCCUAAAAAGGAGCUCAUCAUCAACGAGAUCCUUGUGAUGCGGGAGAACAAACACCCAAAUGUAGUCAACUAUCUUGACAGCUACCUCGUGUCUGAGGAACUGUGGGUGGUCAUGGAGUACCUGCCCGGCGGCUCUCUUACCGACGUCGUCACCGAGACCUGCAUGGACGAGGGCCAGAUCGCAGCUGUUUGCCGAGAAGUGCUGCAAGCUCUGGAGUUCCUUCACGCCAACCAGGUUAUCCAUCGCGACAUCAAGAGUGAUAACAUUCUGCUGGGCCUUGACGGCUCUGUCAAGCUGACUGACUUUGGUUUCUGUGCGCAAAUAUCGCCGGAGCAAUCCAAACGCACAACGAUGGUAGGCACACCCUACUGGAUGGCUCCCGAGGUCGUCACCCGGAAACAGUACGGACCCAAGGUGGACCUUUGGUCUUUGGGCAUUAUGGCCAUAGAAAUGGUCGAGGGCGAACCGCCGUACCUAAACGAGAAUCCGCUUAAAGCCUUGUACCUCAUUGCCACCAAUGGCAAGCCAGAGAUUAAAGAAAAAGACAAGCUGUCCUCAGCAUUUCAGGACUUCCUCGACCAGUGUCUGGAGGUGGAGGUGGAUCGGCGAGCAAGCGCAUUGGACUUGCUAAAGCAUCCCUUCCUAAAACUGGCCCGUCCAUUGGCCAGUCUGACUCCCUUGAUCAUGGCCGCAAAGGAGGCUACCAAGGGCAACUGAUUGACAACCAAGAAGAAACCGCUUAUUUAACCACUACUGAUGAAUUACUACUGCAGAAAACAACAAGAACAACAACAACAAUAACAACAACAACACCAACCACAAUAGCAACAAUAACUGUUAUGCAUACGAACAGAUGAUGAAUUAUUAAUGAUUAUGAGUACUAUUAUUAAUUAUUUAUAUAAACGUAUUAUAUGCGCAUAUUAUUAUAUUAUAUCUAUUCUAACGAGACAAACAGCAAAACUAAGAAUAACUGCAUAUGGCAAAGAGACACGCGUAGUUCAAUUUUCACAAAUCGGUUUUCUGUUGAUUAAAUACAGUAAAAAAAAUCACACGUUGCUUUGGCCACCACAUCAUCGAAACAUGUUUUCAAAAUUUGUUAUACCAAAACAUAAACUUAAAUUUGUAUAGAUCCAAAAUUUGUUUUGUGCAUUUUGAAUGCUUUUCAAAUUAUAAGCCUAAAGAUCAUGUAAAAUGAGUAUACAAAAAAAACACACACACUAUAGUUGUCAACAUUAAAACAUUAGAAUUUGUAACUCUUGCAUUUAAAGGAAAUGAAAAUAUACAUACAAAUUUUUACAUUGUAUAAAGCACUUCAUUUGAUUUACUUCGUCAUUACAUUACAUUUCUAUAAGAAAGCUUACAAAAUAAUGAUAUGAGAGUAUGAACUUUGGAACGCUGUUACUAACCCUAUGACUUGGAGUAUUAUCGCUGAUUUUAGUAAAAGUUUCAUUUAGUUCAUAAACUGCUUUAUUUAAUAAAAAUAUAUUUUUAUAUGAUUUUAAAAUUUGGUUUAUUUUGCUCGAUAUUUUCGGUUCUCUCGCGUAGACUAAAAUCCGAGUGGAAUAAAACUCAUCCUUCGCUGUAAACUGUAAACACACAUCCUUUCUACAUCCUUUACCUCCACCCCUUUUCGCUAAUUUUUUUUUUUUUUUUGUCAAAAAGGAACAUUUAAUUGUAAUAGAAUAUACAGUUUAGAUUAGACACAUAUAGAAUACACAAGGACACCUGUAUUUUCCAUAUGACAGCAAUUCAAUGUGGUUUGCACGACAAAAGACAAGAACAAACUAGCAAUAUGUUAAAAUUUAAAUGUAACGAGAGAGAAUUAUAGGAAAACCACACUAACUGUUCAAUAAAUUCGUAGUACCCACUAAAUAUAACUAGAAAAUAAAUGAAAAUGUGUAAUAGUGCAACAUUCGAUCGUGAGCCAUGAUGAAAUGAAAACCAGUUACUUUGUGCCUAACCGAAACAGAAAAAUGAAAUCAAUAAGAGCAACAACAAGUAAAUAUUUACCAGAUAGUAACUAGCAGUUGUAGUGUAACAUAGAGAAUCGAAAUUCUAGAUCGUAGACCAGUCAACUAAAACACCAGCUAAAAUAGUUAGAUGCUUGAGUGGGUGCGUGUAUAUUGAUUGGACGGGUGCUGAAUGGAUGGGAAGAAAUAAGAUUGUCUACCUUCUUUACUUUCAAUUAUUAAUAACAACAUGACUUAUCUUUUGUGAAAAAGUUUUUUUUUUGUUCAGUCACGUUUAAUUUUAAAUAUUUUUCAUAUUAAUUGGGCAUUUCGAAGAAUACAAAUGCACAAAAUUGUAAUGCUUGAAUCCUGAAUUAUUUAAACUUUUUUAUAUUAACAUUACUCGCAAUCUAAAUUUGUUUGUCGAUUUUGUAAUCUAAUGGUUAGAGGUGUUCAAUUGAAACAUUUUGUAACAUCCAGAGCCUGCAUGAUAAAUCAUAAGCGGAAACUGUCUUGCUAUUUACCGAUCGUACCCAUUAUCGACGUGCUAUUAGGUUAGUUGAGCUCGUCCUAAUAUGUUAAAACACCAAAAAAAAGGGAUUUUUAUACAAACGAGAGGAAAAAGAUUUGUUUGGGAGACAUUAUUUUCAAUAUUAGUUCCUAAUACUACAACAAUUUCCAUAUGGAUGGAAGGAAGUCUGGCUUUGAAACGAAUAACAUUACGGAUUAUUGUAUUUGUAUUUAUUUUUAGGCAUUAGAAAACUCGGCUACAGUGCAGCAAGAAUGUGUAUUAAACAAUAACGGUCACGUUUAGGCGAACCGAUGAAUGGGUAAACAGAACAUAUAGAAUUAUAUAGGAUUGCAAAAACAAAUGGUAAAUUAAGAUAAAUACAUAGAUGAAAUCACAACUCUAUCAU